AAAUUGUGUGUAAAUGUUUCAAAUUGAGCUGGCUAGCACUUGACAAAGCUUGCUCUAUAAUUCCAAAUUUUUACCUACUGUGAAAUUAUUGUCAUUGCGUACAAAUCUACACAUCAGUGGAUUGAAAUAUUUUUCCAAAGCUCAACCCCAUAACAAUAUUUCUUGGCAAUAUAAGGCAAUAAAGAAUCAACAAAAUUGAGCAAUUUAAACACUUCGCAGACUAGCCAGACGAUACGCAUUACAGGUAAAACUACCGUUCGUACCUGAAACAGGCACAAUUAAAAAUAUUGCAAAGCAGGACGUUGAACAGAAAAGUCAAUUGACCCUCAGCCGAACGAAGAAAGUGGUUACAAUACGGCCAUGGAGCGCCGAUAUUUAAAGAAUCCGUUCCAAGAUUUCAUUGGCGGCGAGAACACAGCAUUCGCCAGUGAUGAGGAACACAUAAAAAAUCUCAUCUGUACCUACGUGGAUACCAUUUUGGAACAUUGCCACCCCAACAGUGACGACGAGGACGACCGCGGAGACUUGUAUGUGGGCAAUGCCGGCAUCGCCUUCAUGUUCUGGAAGUUGGCCAGCUGCGAGCAGACGCGAGAUCUCUACCCCCCAGCGCUGCAGCAUGCAUCCGCCUUCAUUCGAAACGCCAAGGCGAAUGCCGAGCGCUUCAAGAAACGGUCUGCCGAGCGCUACUCCUUUCUCUGUGGCAAUGCUGGAAUCUAUGCCGUCUCCGCAGCUAUAUCACAGGCAGUCAAGGACACCGAGGAGCUGUCCAACGACUUGGCGAACUUUAAGUCGGGCAUUCCUUCCAGCAAGGAGUUCAUUCACACCAAAAACGGCUGCGAUGAGGUGUUGGUGGGACGAGCCGGCUAUCUCUCCGGCUGCUAUUGGCUGAACGACGUUCUGCCCGAUAAGAAGAUUACCGACGACGACUUAAUCUCCAUUUGCCAGCUGAUUGUGACAAGCGGUCGCGAGUACAGCAAGAUGAACAAUUCCCCCUUGCCGCUGAUGUUUCAAUACCAUGGAACAGAGUACUUGGGAGCUGCCCACGGACUGUGUGCUAUUCUGCAUAUGCUGCUAGACAGUCCCUGGUUUCGCACAGUGCCAAUCUCGGCUCCGGCAGCCGAGUUGCGUGAAAUCAAGCGCUCCAUUGACUACUUUCUCGUGCUGCAGGACGCCGAAGGCAACUUUCCGGUGGCCCUAGAAGACUUGCGGUCGGGAAGGGACAAGCGCCUAGUGCACUGGUGCCACGGCGCUCCGGGAGCUGUUUAUAUGUUAGCCAAGGCCUACUUGAUAUUUAAGGAGGAGAAGUACUUGACGUCCUUGCGCCGCUCGGCCGAUUUGGUCUGGAAAAAGGGAUUCCUUCGCAAAGGUCCGGGCAUCUGUCACGGAGUUGCUGGCAACGGCUAUGUGUUUCUGCUUCUAUUCCGGCUGACCAACGAAAUGAAGUACCUGUACAGGGCGCACAAGUUUAUGGAGCUUCUGACCAACUCUGAGUUCAAACAAAGGGCUCGCAUCCCAGAUAACCCACACAGCCUGUAUGAGGGGGUGGCCGGCACCGUCUGCUUCUUGGUAGAUAUACUAGAACCGGAGCAGGCCUACUUUCCCUUCAUGGAUGUCUUUCACUAAGCUCCCAAUAUCCGAAUACCUCAAGGCCAAGGACCCAGGUCCGCCUAUGCUCAACAAAGGCUUCCAACUCGGGAAGUUUAUCAUUAUUUCUAGUCAUUUUGCCUACUUUUAUAUUUUAGUUCUCGUUGCAAAACGCAAAUGUAAUUGCGUUAACCAAAUCGGGGUGGACUGCCGUUUAGGGGGCUUUCGAUCCACCAGUGAGCGCAGCAAAUGCAGGAAUGUUCUCAGUCAUUCGCAUAUCAAAAUUAUUUUCGCUUUAAGCCAAACAAUUAACAUAAUGCAUACAACUUAUACACACAG